AUGUUUAUUGGUUUAUUUAUCGUUUGCGUGGUGCUUUACAUUAUUUACGAAAAUAAAUUAUUUAUCAUAUUACCUCAGCUAGUAUUUCAAUGGUUUGACUAUACUAUUACAGCAACACAUUCAUUAUAUGUAACGAUUGCUAUUAUAUCAUUCUUUUGUCUUUUGCUGGGUACUCGUCGUGUAUUAAAAUGGCCAAUAUUUUUAUUUUUUAUUUCAUUUGUUCUCGCUGAAUUAUUUCUUUACAUAUUAUUACGAUAUUUUAUUCGUUUACUAGAAUCAAUAUUUAUUCGACCAUCAACAUUGAAUAAUGCUGAAACUUAUGAAGAAUGGUAUGAAUAUGCUUUUGAAACUGAUAAAUUACAUGGAAGAGAAAUAUGGAAAGCAAGUUCUGAAUCAAAAUAUUAUGAUGAAAAUUUAACUCGAACAUUUACUGAUGAAUUGAAAAGAUAUCGAGAAUUGAGAGAUAGUGAAAAACUUAUUAAAAAAUUACAAAUGUGUAUUAAUAAAAGUAUGAAUGGAAUUCUUAAUGAACAUUUAUAUUCAAAAAGCUUAGUUGUAACUAAAUGUGUUAUGGAAGAAUAUAUUAAAGAGAUUGUCACUAGUUUAAAGUAUUUAACGGAACAAGCUCAAUCGCUUAAAGUCUGCAAAACACAUCCAACGCAUGUUUUAUCAUCAACAAUUGAUAAUUCUAUUACGACUGCGCAAGCGGAUGAAAGGCAUCAUAGUGUUACAACAAAUAAGUCUGAUGAUCUUUCACCUUUAUUAACUAGUCCUAGUACAACACAGCUACUGACAAAUACCAAUAUCAAUAGUGAUAAUUCUGCAUUACAGAGUCCAUUUAUCGAACAAACUAUCAACGAUUUAACUACUGAUAACUCUUCUAAGGGAAUUCUAUCAACUAAAUUUGUAUUACAAGCUUUAAAAGCUAUGAAAUCUCAUUAUGGCGCAACAGCACUAUGUUUAUCUGGUGGUGCUGGAAUUGGUCACUAUCAUUGGGGAGUUGUAAAAGCACUCGUAUGUUCCGGUUAUUUACCUAAAAUUAUAAGUGGUACAAGUAGUGGAGCCAUAAUAGCAGCUGUUGUAUGUACAAGAUCAGACGACGAACUACAAUCAACAUUACAAGCUGAAGUAUUAUUACCUCAUUUGAAUUGUUUUGAUGCUCCGUGGAUCGAUCGAAUUAAACGUUAUUUCAAAUGCCGAGCUAUGUUCGAUCAAGAUGUUUGGUUAGAAAAAUUACAAUGGUUUGCUGGAGCAGAUGGAUUCGAAAAAAUUGGCUUAACUUUCAAAGAAGCAUAUGAAAAAACUGGUCGUAUAUUAAAUAUCACCGCUACAAAUGCACGAAAACAUUCUCCACCACUUUGUCUCAAUUAUCUAUCAACUCCAAAUGUAACAAUUGCUUCAGCUGUAUUAGCUUCAUCAGUUGUACCUGGUUUAAUUCAUCCAGUUCAUUUAAUUGAGAAAAUAGUGAAUAAAGAUGGUCAAAUAAGUUAUAGUUCUUUAGAUGGUGAAGGAUUAAAAUACCGAGAUGGAAGUUUUGAAAAUGAUAUACCGUUAAAUUACUUGUCAGAAGUAUUUGGAUGUAGUUACUUUUUAGUAAGUCAAACAAAUCCACAUAUUAUUCCUUUCUUUUUUAAUGCUCGUGGACAAGGUGGCCUACCAUCAGGUUGGCGUUUACACGGAGGAGCAUAUCGUGGAGGAUUUUUAUUAGCAGCCAUGAAAUUAAUUUUGAAAGAAGAUAUGAAAAAAAAACUUACGAGUAUUGGGAAUGUUAGAUUUAUUACCUGCUGUUUAUGA